AUGGCAAACAAUCCGGCGGGCCCAAAGAGCAGAAUCGCCGUACCCGGUGCGUCCCUCAGGAUCACGCCGUCUAACUCGCCCGUCUCGAGGCCGCCCGCACGAUCGCCCGGCAAACAAUCACUUCACCAAUCCAACCUUGCCCUUCAGACGGUCAUCGGCACUACCACGACAUCCCCGAAUGGCUUCUCGAGCCAUGACGAAAGCAGAUCGUUUGCCUUUUGUGCGGGGUCCGCAGCAGUGCUGGCGGAACUGGACGAUGACGGUCAAGUCACCCAGCGAUUCUUCAGAGCGCGACCGUCGGCGCCCUGUAUCAACCCCGUCGCGUCGUUUUACAAUCCAUCCGCUCCGGCUACUCCCGAUACGAGAGCUAGGGCUGCAUCGACUCUAAAACCCAAUGGCUUUGGGCCGUCUUACAACGGCUCCCCGUCUAAUGACUGGUCCUCGGAAAGUCCCUCCAACAGCCCGCGCGCAUUUUCCUCCAGGGAACGUAUAAAGGCAGUGACCAGUGUCUCAAUCAGUCCGAAUGGCCGGUUUCUUGGCCUGGGAGAGACCGGAUACAAUCCCAGAGUUCUUAUUUUCUCCACGGCAAAGGACUCCCCAUCCGAUGUGCCGUUGACCAUUCUAAACGAACACACGUUUGGUGUCCGCUGUCUAGCAUUCAGCCCUACAUCGCAGUAUUUAGCGACGCUCGGAGAUCUCAAUGAUGGCUUUCUGUUUAUAUGGUCUGUCAGCCUCAAAACUGGAGCUGCAAGGCUUCAUUCGACGAACAAAUGCACUGCUUUCAUUCGUGACAUGUGUUGGAUGGGACAGGCGCUGAUAACGGUUGGUGUGCGACAUGUCAAGGUGUGGAGGCUCCCAGAAGUGCGGCCCGCAUCGCCAGUCAAGAAUCGCUUGAACGCAGACCUCACAGCUGCUUCUCCCGGUGCCGCACCAAAGGCACUUUCUGGGAGGAACUGCCUUCUGGGCUCUCUUGGGGACCAGGUUUUCACCUGCGCAGCAAGCAUCUCCCAGUCAGAAGCGGUCAUUGGCACCGAGGCUGGUGCAUUGUGUUAUAUUGACGAUCUAGGAGGUGGUCAAAAGCUGUGUCUAGCAAAGUACAUGGACUUUGGUAUUACUUCGUUGACUGUGGAUCUGGACGACGCCUCAGUCUGGAUCGGCGGUAAGGGCCGAAGGAUGGUCAAAAUGACCUUUGAGCAGAUACGCGAGCCAGUCCCCUCGGCGCCCUCUCCAGUCCCAGGAUUGUCGGAAAGGAGCUUAGGGGAGCAGAAAGCCAAGGGCCCGGCAAUAUCGUGUAUCGGCUUUCUUUCCUCUCAUCUGGUCACCAUCGACUCUACACGUGAAAUACGUAUCUAUCCUGUGGAUAAACUAGAUGAUGAAAGCGAAGAUGAUCAAUCAGAAACAUCCAUGCCUGCGCACAAAGACCCCGUCUUGGGCAUCACCGCAUUGAAUUCCCCCAAUGAACUCAACGCCGACUUCUUCACCUGGUCUUCCGGAGGUUCUAUCAACUUUUGGAACACAGAUGGAAAAUGUCGAAAGUCCGAAAGGGUUGAGCUUGAGCAAGUUCCGGGGUCAGACGAUGAUGUCUCCAAUGAGUUGAAAGUGGUGCGGACAACUGAACAAAUGGACUUUUUUGUGUCAGGUGAUAGGUUUGGUGUGCUAAGGGUUCUCUCUGCAUACCCGUGGCAGUGUAUAACUGAAGUGCGAGCUCAUGGAGGGGAAAUCACGGAUAUAGCCAUCCAGACAGGCCUGGAUACUUGUCUUGUGGCUAGCUCCGGUCGAGAUCGCAUGGUACAGCUAUUCGAACGCAGUGAAAGUGGCCUCGAGCUGAUCCAAACUAUGGACGAUCAUGUCGGCGCGGUCGGUCAACUCAUGUUCAUAAAUGACGGGGAGAAGCUUCUCUCUUGUUCGGCUGAUCGUACAGUGUUGAUUCGAGACCGUGUCACCCGCGAGGUUGACGGUGAGACCGUGGUCGCCUACCUCAUCUCCAAAGUCAUCCGGCUGAAAGCAUCACCGGCGUCAAUGGCAUUAGCUCCGAAUGAUACGGACAUCUUGGUGAUCUCAACGGUAGAUCGCUGUAUACAUAAAUUUGAUAUGGUCUCAGGGCGUCCAGUUCACUCUUUCCGAGCCUCUGACCCUGAUUCGACGGAUACCGUCGUCAUGGCCUCGCUCACUGUGGCCCCUGAGAUCCCCGGCCAAAGCCCCCCGUUGCUGAUUGGCGUGUCCACCACAGACAAAUCAGUUCGUGUGUAUGACUUUGACCGCGACACGCUUCUUACGGGGGAAUUUGGACACACAGAAGGCGUCAGUGCAGUGCUACUUCUGGACAAUCAAAGUUCGAGCUCUGAACUACCUCUAAAGCGCAUACUUAUCAGCGCCGGUAUGGAUGGGGUUGUCAUGAUCUGGAAUCUCUCAGUUCAGCCACACAGCGUUCAAGAUCCAACGGCAACCAGUGGGCAACCGGACGAGGACACCCCCGGGAAAGAAUUGACGGCUACGAAGCCUCCUCUUCGUCGAAUCCUAUCACGGACUGAACUUUCCAGUUUCCAACGGCAAGAGGGCUUCACAGCCAGCCCGACCCCUGUUCGUGAUCAAUCUCCACCCAUACGGCGAAAGCUGUCUAAAAUUUCCCUUGUACCACCUUCACUCAAAAGUACGGGUGCAAUUCCUGCAAUUCCGACGACGCCUUCUUUGGUCAAUCGUCGAUCCCCUACCACCCUUACUCCCUUUGAUCGGAACGGCAGGCCAGCGUCUCCAGUGAGCCCUAGGCACACACCAUCUACCCGAAGGCAGAAUGGCGGACAUCCAAACGGACAUCGGUCGUCCUUUGACCUCCGUUCUCGCAAUAAAAACUCCGGGAAAAGCGAGUUUGGGAGCCUGAACAUGUCCACAGAGCAAGUCUGCCGUACCCUCCGCGCGUACCGAAAGAAGCUAAACGGGUGCGACGAUCACCUUGAGGCUGCGCAGGAACUUGAACGAGAAUUGGGUCUCACGCUACGAAUCUUGGCCGCUCGAAGCAAGAAGGCCGAUGACAGCGCUGAAACCGAGACAGACAGUAGUGGUAGGGAGAGUGACAGGCUUUCCAUCCCGUCGAUCACUACACCAAAGUCGACGCAUCUCCCUCGACGCAUCCCGUCGACGCCCAAUCUAAGCCAGAAACACCCGCGGAGGGUGUCCAGAAGUCGCUCCCUAGACGAUGAAGGGUAA